CGCCGCCGUUCCCGCCGCCUUCGGGGCCGCCUCCCCGCCUCUCCCCUCCCCGCCGGCCAGGGUGCGAGGAGAAGAGCCGCGGGGGUCGCCAGCGCCGCCAUGGGGAGGAAGUCGAGCAAAGCCAAGGAGAAGAAGCAGAAGCGGCUGGAGGAGCGCGCAGCCAUGGACGCCGUCUGUGCCAAAGUGGAGGCCGCCAACAGGCUUGGAGACCCCUUGGAGGCUUUUCCAGUCUUCAAGAAGUACGACCGAAACGGGCUCAAUGUCUCCAUCGAGUGCAAGCGGGUGUCCGGUCUGGAGCCAGCCACGGUGGACUGGGCCUUUGGCCUCACCAAGACCAACAUGCAGUCCAUGUAUGAGCAGAGCGAGUGGGGCUGGAAGGACCGAGAGAAGCGGGAGGAGAUGACAGACGACCGAGCCUGGUACCUCAUUGCUUGGGAGAAUAGUUCGGCCCCUGUGGCCUUUUCUCAUUUCCGCUUUGACGUGGAGUGCGGGGACGAAGUCCUGUACUGCUAUGAGGUGCAGCUGGAGAGCCGGGUUCGGCGGAAAGGCCUGGGCAAAUUCCUCAUUCAGAUCCUGCAGCUCGUGGCCAACAGCACACAAAUGAAGAAGGUGAUGCUCACGGUAUUCAAACACAACCAUGGCGCCUAUCAGUUCUUCCGGGAAGCACUGCAGUUCGAGAUCGACGAUUCAUCCCCCAGUAUGUCUGGAUGCUGCGGGGAGGACUGCUCCUAUGAGAUCCUGAGCCGCAGGACCAAGUUUGGGGACAGCCAGCACUCCCAUGCAAGCGGGCACUGUGGGGGCUGCUGCCACUGAGACCCGCCCCCCUCCAGGAGCCGGUGCGGAGGGUGGGGUCUUGGGCUGCUGCUCCCCAACUCUGGGCUCCCGCAGCCACCCGUGCCACGUCCCCCGAUUUCUCUGCAGCUGCCCCACCCCACCAGGACCAAUGGCGUGCUCCACCCUGUCUCAGGUCCCCGGGAAACUGGGGUACAGCAAGAGGCCUGAGGCCAGGCUUGGGGCGGUGCCCCUGGGAGACCCUGGCUUCUGGGUGGCCUGUCAGGCUGUGCAGUCCUAGGGACCACAGACCCUUCAGGGGCCUCUCUGCCAUGGGAGGAGUGCCUGUCACUCAGGGCUCAGCCAUGUCCUCGCGAGAUCCACGGAGAGGACGGGGCCUGCCCACACCUGCGGUGCCCCUCGGUACCUCGUCUCUGCCUAGCCCCCUGUCUCGGUGCUGACUGCUCUUCGGAGCCCCUAGCAGGCACAUCACCUGCACUCCCGGCCUCACCCCUCGCUGCCUCCAUGAGGCUCUAGCAUGGCGACCCUGCACGGCCCUGCGUGGGGAGGGAUGGAUGGGGAGAGGCUGUGUAGCCUCGCUCAGGGACUGGGCAGACUCAGAAAUUCGCCUCCUGACAAUUGCAGGGCUCUCAAGCAGGCUCGGUGCCACUCGAAGCAACACAGGCGGGGUGGUGUGUGCUCCCGCUGUCGCCCUGCCUCCUGGCCCCUUUUCGCCGGGCCUAGUUCCCCUGUGCCAGGGUGCCGCCCACCAAGCCUGACCCUGGGGUGACUGCAACCUGCCCCGGCUCUGCAUCCCCAUGGUGAAGGUCUGGGGUCUUGUCACUUGGCUUGGCUUGUGCCCACUUCCGAGUUCAUGCUGCUUUGCUCUGGGCCAGCCUUUCAGGGGCACCUGAAGGAGUUAGUGGCUCCAUUCCAGAAUUUUGGGGUGCUGAGAGUGUUUAUGAAGCUUCCUGGUGGGCCCCACCUCUCAGAGGACUCCAACGUGCAUCAGCAGUUGCCGUCUUGGGUCUGGAUAGCUGAUCUCCCACCCCAGGCACCUG